UCGCUACUUAGCAACCACUAGUAGUGCUUCAUGUAGGAUAGCUACUACGGUGCUGCUGGGCUAUAUGCCGAGGUAAUGUAUUCGCGUUACCUUUAAGAUAUUGACGAGUGCAAACAGAGACACAUCUGCGGAUGGAAUCCGAAGAUAUGCGUCAACACGCCGGGCUCCUAUCGCUGCGUCUGCCCUCCCGGACUCACGUGGCGAAAGAUAAGCUUCUUUGGUAAGUGGACAACGUGGGGACGGAACUUGGUGACAGCGUUUAGACAAAACAGGUAUAUUUGGCCAAGUGACCACGUUUAAGUUAUGUGGAAACGAAGCUUAGGCUGCUUAACCACAGCGCUACCUGUGUACGUGCAUAAUAUUUUUCCCCUAGAUAUCAACGAGUGCAAUGGGAAUCACAGCUGCGAGUACAAAUGCCAAAACACUUAUGGGUCAUACAAAUGCCUUUGUCCCGCGGGAAAAGAAGUCGUGGAUGGAUUCAAGUGCAAGGAUGUGGACGAGUGUGCCUCAGGCCAUCACUACUGCUAUUGGAAGAGCUCAACCUGCGUUAACACGGAGCCUGGGUACUACUGCAAGUGCAAGCCGGGAUACUACCCUGCGCCACCUCCUCACAACGGCAAUCUGACUUGCUUCGGUAAGUUGGGUCCGAAGACAGCAAUCUAA